AUCAAUUCAACACCUAAAAUGAACGAGGAAACAUCGUACAUCCUUCGAAUCAGAGUUUACGCUCAACACUACAAGGAAUCUAUCGUUGCAACCUUAUCAAUCCUACUUAUAACUAUUAGCGUUUUUCUCGUGGCGGGUAUAGGAGUUGUCGCUGUAAAAUUGUCAUCUAUCCAACAGAAAUUUAUUGUUCAUCCCGAAUCGAUUUGGGCCGAAAGAUAUCUGCUAGAUAACGUUAAUUUGUCGGCUAAAAUCGAAUCAUCCUUCUCGAAUGGGAAUUACGAAUGUAAUACGGGAGAAUGCCUUAGAAUGACGGCAAAAAUAUCCGAAAAUAUGGAUAGAAGAGUAUCGCCCUGUGAGGAUUUUUACCAGUACGCUUGCGGUGGUUUUAUCAAUCGAAACCAGUAUCCUCAACAAGAGUUCUACUCGGUUAAGUAUACUAUAAAGGAAUCUUUAAAAUACGAUAUUUGGAUGAAGAUAAAGAAUGAACUGAUGAAACCAGUUAGAAAAUGUAAUUUUAAACUUAUGAAUAAAUAUGGUGUCCUGGAGGAAGAAAUACUAUUAUAA